AUGCCCCCUCCACCGCCACCACCACCUCCAAUGCCUAUGAUGGGUGGCCCUCCACCACCACCUCCGCCGCCAGGAGGUCCCCCAGGAGCCGGUGCUUUGCCUGCAAGACCACCCGCAGGAGCGAACAGAGGUGCUCUCCUCUCGGAUAUCACCAAAGGCAAGGCUCUCAAAAAAGCCGUUACGAACGACAGGUCUGCCCCGAUAGUUGGAAAGCCGUCCGGCGGCUCGGGAGGUCCGCCCAUAGGAGGUGCACCACCGGUUCCAGGCGUAGGAGGUCUACCUAAAUCUCCCAGCGGCCUAGCGCCUCCAGUACCGGGCAAUCGUGCUAGAAGCAACAGUGACGAGAGCGGACGGGAAAGCACACCCGCUCCAUCGGUGGAUGCAGCACCACAACUGGCCGGUCUAUUUGCCGGCGGCAUGCCAAAGCUGCGCAAGACCCGUGGAGCAGUCGACACCGGAGCUUCUGCGGACUCAUCGUACCUUUCGGAUCCCGAGAGUAAUGUACGAUCAUCCUCCGCACCAAGGCCACCGACUUUCGGAGCGCCAAAGCCUCCGGGAGGUGCGGCGCCGGCCCCGCCAGGAAGGCCGAGCCUGCCUCCUCCCAAUGCUGCUCCAGCACUACCCCCAUCGAUCGCCAACCUGCGCAAGACAACGGGCGAUGUACCCAGGCCCAACUCGUCAGCAUCCAUGAAAGGACCCCCGCCUCCCAUCGGCAAGAAGCCUCCACCACUGCCUGCAUCCCGGAAACCGUCUACUGCGCUCUCCAGUCAUCCUCCUCCAUUACCGGCAUCCCCCAGUGCAGCUCCUCCGCCCCCACCUUCAAACGCACCAUUACCCCCUGCUGCCGCACAUCCCCCGCCAACGGCUCCCCCUUCACGAGCUCGCGCUGGUUCUGGACUUCGCUCCUCUAUGCUGGAUCCAAGCGCAUUCACUCUGGCCCCUAACGGUGCAAAGAGUCCUAGCCCUACCCGCUCCAACACAACAGCUGGUCUACAUGCUGGUGGUGGUGGUGGCCAACGUUAUAUUGUUCAAGAUCCGCGGUGGAAGUUCCAAGACGAGGCGAUGCUGCCAAAACCGAGGGACUUUGUUGGCGGUCCUCGACGAUACAGAGCUGGCAGGGGCAGCAGUGUUCCCCUUGAUCUGAGCGCUCUGUAA